AUGCUGAGAUUGGGGGGUCCUCAUACAGCAAGGUACCAUCAAACUCUGUAUUACAGAAGGCUGAAAUUGGGGGUCCUCAUACAGCAAGGUACCAUCAAACCCUGUAUUACAGAAUGCUGAGAUUGGGGGGUCCUCAUACAGCAAAGUACCAUCAAACUCUGUAUUACAGAAGGCUGAAAUUAGGGGUCCUCAUACAGCAAGGUACCAUCAAACCCUGUAUUACAGAAUGCUGAGAUUGGGGGGUCCUCAUACAGCAAGGUACCAUCAAACUCUGUAUUACAGAAGGCUGAAAUUAGGGGUCCUCAUACAGCAAGGUACCAUCAAACCCUGUAUUACAGAAUGCUGAGAUUGGGGGGUCCUCAUACAGCAAGGUACCAUCAAACUCUGUAUUACAGAAUGCUGAGAUUAGGGGGUCCUCAUACAGCAAGGUACCAUCAAACCCUGUAUUACAGAAUGCUGAGAUUAGGGGGUCCUCAUACAGCGAGGUACCCUCAAACCCUGUAUUACAGAAUACUGAGAUUAGGGGGUCCUCAUACAGCAAGGUACCCUCAAACCCUGUAUUACAGAAUGCUGAGAUUAGGGGGUCCUCAUACAGCAGGUGCUAUCACACCCUGUAUUACAGAAUGCUGAGAUUAGGGGGUCCUCAUACAGCAGGUGCUAUCACACCCUGUAUUAGAGAAUGCUGAGAUUAGGGGAUCCUCAUACAGCAAGGUACCCUCAAUCCUUGUAUUACAGAAUGCUGAGAUUAGGGGGCCCUCAUACAGCGAGGUACCCUCAAACCCUGUAUUACAGAAUGCUGAGAUUGAGGGGUCCUCAUACAGCAAGGUACCAUCAAACUGUGUAUUACACAAUGCUGAGAUUGAGGGGUCCUCAUACAGCGAGGUACCAUCAAACCCUGUUUUACAGAAUGCUGAAAUUAGGGGGUCCUCAUACAGCAAGGUACCAUCAAACUGUGUAUUACACAAUGCUGAGAUUGAGGGGUCCUCAUACAGCGAGGUACCAUCAAACCCUGUAUUACAGAAUGCUGAGAUUGGGGGGUCCUCAUACAGCAAGGUACCAUCAAACCUUGUAUUACACAAUGCUGAGAUUGGGGGGUCCUCAUACAGCAAGGUACCAUCAAACCUUGUAUUACAGAAUGCUGAGAUUAGGGGGUCCUCAUACAGCAAGGUACCAUCUGUGGCGAAACCAACCUCGCCACUGUGAACUGGAGAAGCCUGGUUGCUCGCCUGCUCCCUUUGGACUAUGGCCCUGCAGGUUAAACCGUUUAUUUCCCCUGCAGAAAGGCUUAUUUGUGUGAUCUGAGUGCCAUUCAUCUAAUAAUGUGCGCUCAGAUCCCAGCUAUCUGGGGAUAUGUGAAAUGUCUGUGUGUUAUGUGUAAAAGGUGACUUUAUGUAUUUUAAAGUGUUUUAUGUCUUUUUGCAACCAUGUGCUCAAUGUAGUCUGCCUCUAUCCCUGGAUAAUUGGAUUACUUUCUCCAUUGUGCCCAGGAUAGAGGCCCUGUAAAACCUGCUUGAACCAGAUAGCCAUGCUGGCAGGGGGUUUUAAAAGAUACUUUACUAACUUUUGAACCCCUGGUCUGAUUCGUGCCAUUUUUUAAUAUGUUGUUCCCCUGAAUGGAUUGAUUAUGAAAAUGUAUGUUUUAUGUUUGUGACAUGUAUAUUUUAGAAGUUAUAAAUAUUGUGUAAAAACUGUAUUCCUCUGCCGGUGAUAAUGAGAUUACCCAUUGUGUUCAGUAAUCAUAUCACCUGCAGAGGGGAGGAUUUUGUGUGGGAGUGUCUGGGUGUAUUGUACGGAUUGAUUGGUUGUUUUGUAACGCCCUGUGGGCUGUACUAUGUUUGUGGAUUGGGAAUAAAAGAGACUGUAUGUGACAGUACAGGAGAUUCUGCUUGACCCUCAAACCGAUGUGUCGUCUCGUUUUUGGGGGGAAUUGGAUUGUAUGCUGACUGCCAGGAGUGUAAGCGGAUUGUAUGCUUUUCCUGUUCGGCUGAUUCCAGUGUUCGUGUGUUUCCAGUUCGGGAGUUGGUGAAUUUGUACAGUUUGCAGUUUGGGAGUUUGGUGCUUGCAGUAGCUGCUGGUCUAUGGGAAAGGGGAUUAUCGCCUAAACGGUUUUUAUCCUCUUGUGAGAGAAACGGUCCGUUACACCAUCAAACCCUGUAUUACAGAAUGCUGAGAUUAGGGGGUCCUCAUACAGCAGGUGCUAUCACACCCUGUAUUACAGAAUGCUGAGAUUAGGGGAUCCUCAUACAGCAAGGUACCAUCAAACUGUGUAUUACACAAUGCUGAGAUUAAGGGGUCCUCAUACAGCGAGGUACCAUCAAACCCUGUAUUACAGAAUGCUGAGAUUGGGGGGUCCUCAUACAGCGAGGUACCAUCAAACCCUGUAUUACAGAAUGCUGAGAUUAGGGGGUCCUCAUACAGCAAGGUACCAUCAAACCUUGUAUUACACAAUGCUGAGAUUAGGGGGCCCUCAUACAGCAAGGUACCAUCAAACCUUGUAUUACACAAUGCUGAGAUUGGGGGGUCCUCAUACAGCAAGGUACCAUCAAACCCUGUAUUACACAAUCAAUUAACAAUGAAAUAUUGCCAUUUCCUCAUACAGCAAGGUACCAUCAAACCUUGUAUUACAGAAUGCUGAGAUUAGGGGGUCCUCAUACAGCAAGGUACCAUCAAACCCUGUAUUACAGAAUGCUGAGAUUAGGGGGUCCUCAUACAGCAGGUGCUAUCACACCCUGUAUUACAGAAUGCUGAGAUUAGGGGAUCCUCAUACCGCAAGGUACCAUCAAACUGUGUAUUACACAAUGCUGAGAUUGAGGGGUCCUCAUACAGCGAGGUACCAUCAAACCCUGUAUUACAGAAUGCUGAGAUUGGGGGGUCCUCAUACAGCAAGGUACCAUCAAACCCUGUAUUACAGAAUGCUGAGAUUAGGCAAGGUACCAUCAAACCUUGUAUUAGACAAUGCUGAGAUUGGGGGGUCCUCAUACAGCAAGGUACCAUCAAACCUUGUAUUACACAAUGCUGAGAUUGGGGGGUCCUCAUACAGCAAGGUACCAUCAAACCUUGUAUUACACAAUGCUGAGAUUAGGGGGUCCUCAUACAGCAAGGUACCAUCAAACCUUGUAUUACACAAUGCUGAGAUUGGGGGGUCCUCAUACAGCAAGGUACCAUCAAACCUUGUAUUACACAAUGCUGAGAUUGGGGGGUCCUCAUACAGCAAGGUACCAUCAAACCCUGUAUUACAGAAUGCUGAGAUUGGGGGGUCCUCAUACAGCAAGGUACCAUCAAACUGUGUAUUACACAAUGCUGAGAUUGAGGGGUCCUCAUACAGCAGGUGCUAUCACACCCUGUAUUACAGAAUGCUGAGAUUAGGGGAUCCUCAUACAGCAAGGUACCAUUAA